AUGACUUUAGUUCAAGAUGACGGGAAGCCCGAUAUAUUCCUUACCAUGAUGUGUAAUCUGAAUUGGCCUGAAAUCCUUAAAGAGUUAUUGCCUGGUCAAACCGCGCAAGAUAGGCCGGACCUUGUUGUAAGAGUUUUCCGUGCCAAAUUAGAGGAUCUUAAUAAUCAACUCUUCAAGAAGCACAUUCUCGGCGACAUUGGGGCAUAUGUUUAUGUCAUCGAGUUUCAAAAACGUGGUUUACCACAUGCACAUAUCCUUAUGAUAAUGAAAUCGGAACACAAUAUUACAAACCCAGACCAUUACGACAAGAUAGUUUGUGCUGAAAUCCCGGACCCGACAAAGUAUUCUGAAAUGCACGAGCUGGUGAUAAAGCAUAUGAUGCAUGGUCCUUGUGGCCAUUUACGACCGUCUAGCCCUUGUAUGGAAGGUGAGCCGAGAAAAUGUCGUUUUAGAUAUCCUCAACAAUUCAACGACAAGACCGUGCAGACAGAUAACUCAUAUCCGAUGUAUCGGAGGAGAGACAAUGGAAUAAAGGUGAACGUCCGGGGAAAUAUCCUUGAUAAUAGAUGGGUGGUCCCAUAUAAUCCAAAGUUGCUAAUGAUGUUCAACUGUCACAUCAAUGUUGAGGUUUGCUCAAGUAUAAUAUCUGUGAAAUAUGUGUUCAAGUAUGUUUACAAGGGUCAUGACAAACAGGUUAUUCAUAUUGAUCCUGAUAGAGAAGAGGUCAUUGUCAACGAGAUAAAGAGAUUUCAAGAUGCACGAUAUGUUUCGCCACCUGAGGCAAUAUGGAGGAUUUUUAGCUUUUCACUUUCUCAAAUCCACCCUUGUGUGAUGGCUUUGCAGGUCCAUCUUCCUAAUAAGCAGCUGGUUAGGUUCAGAGAGAAUGAUAUAAUGACAGAUAUCGUUGAUAGAGAGAGAGAGAGAGACAAGAGCUCAAUGUUGACCGCAUUUUUUUUAGAGGAAUAG